UAUUGGACAAAUGAGGCUUCCGUAGUUUGAAAGAGCACAAACAUGGCGUCGACCUGGUGCCGUUCAAAUAGCUCAGCAUGUUAGAUACAAUUAUUGUGUCAAAAUAUACAGAUAUGUGUCAUGUUUGAAAUGUCAGUAUUUCAGAGAAUUACUGAAAAGUAUUCGUUUUGUUAAACCAUGGGUAUUCAGUGCUUAUUGUUCGGUCUAAGGUCCUGUCGAACAUUUAUUUCAGCUUAUCGACUGACAGGUAUUCAGUCUUCGAGAGCGCUCGUGUCUACAGCGACCCAGUCCGUUAAAGUCAAUUAUAUCACAAGCAUCUUGAAGCCACUACGUUGCUUGCGCGUUAAUUCAGUCAGGAAUGCCUAUACCUUUACGUCUACUGCCGUCGCAAAGGACGUGAUUCUCUUCGAACACGACCGGACGCGUUUCUUCAGACUUUUAGCCAUAUUUUGUGGCGGCCAGUUUAUCUUCUGGGCAUAUCUGGCUCACUUUGCUUUCACAAGUCUUCGAGACACAAGAAAAAAUAGUGGUGAACCUCAAAAGGUCAGAACUGAGUUAGGAGGGCUUUUCAGUUUUGAUAUGAACCUUGGUUCAAAUGCCUGGAGGUAUGGAUUCACUCUUGGGUGCCUAAUUAUUGGCGGAGGAAUCGUUGGCCUGGCAGUAUUGUUCAGCCGUCGUUCUGUGAGUCGUGUAAUUCUUCAUAAGGGAGGUGGAAAAGUCACAGUAUCUACACAGUCACCGCUGGGACCUCUCAGAGCUCACCAUCUAACUGUGCCUUUGACUCAAGUGACCUGUCAUGCACACAGACAGGAAUCACCUUCAUUUAUCCCUCUUAAAAUCAAAGGGUACAAGUUCUACUUCCUCUUGGACAAAGAAGGGACACUAAACAACCCUAAACUAUUUGACAUUACUGUUGGGGCCUACAGACCCUUAUAAUAUGUCAUACAUACCCUUGUGAGUUUGCAGUCCUCUGUUGAUGUAUCAUACAUGUGCUGUUCGUUUUGGUUUAUGUUGCCUUGUGGUGGUGGGGGGGGGCACUGAAUUUAAAAGAGGAAUAAACCGUGAAACUUUUCUGUUCAUAAUAAAACUUUUUACCUGGGAUUUGUGCUGACAAGCUCAUUCUGCCAUCUGAAUUAUGACACAUGCUUAGUCAUACGGGUCUGACUAAGAUAAAAUUAUAGUUCUGUCUUUGCAUUUUUUCAGCAGCAUUGAUGUCUGACUCAGUUAAGUAAGGAGUAAUUGACGAUGGGCCAUUGAAGUAUUAGAAGGUAAUGCACACCCGAGGUGGUAAUGCAGCCACGACAUGAAGUGGAAUGACCGUUACACCUCAGGUGUGUUAUUUUCUAAUAAUUCGAUAGAACUGGGUAGAGUCAAUUAUUCCGCUUAUACUAAAGUUA